UACUGUAUUAUAAGAAAUGGCUGAGGUGAAGGAGGAGAAGAAAACAUCAGUUUUUGAUGACAAAAGAUAUGCUGUCAUCACCAGGGAAAGCAUCAAGAUCAUGGCUGAAUCUGUUGGAUUCAGUGAACUUUGUGAUGAUGCAGCAGCCAUGCUUUGUGAAGAUGUUUCCUACAGGUUAAAAGAGGCUACACAGAACUCUAUCCAGUAUAUGAAGCAUGCAAGGAGGAAAAGACUGACAACAGAGGAUUUCAACAAAGCUUUGAAAAGGAGCAGUGUGCAGCCAAUAAGUGGACACAGAUGCCAGGAUGGGACGAGUUUUCGACCGACAAAAGAAGGGGAGAUAUUUUUCACUGAUGAGGAAGAGAUGGACCUGGGGGAUGUAGGACUUCAGGACUGUACUCCGUGUGAACAGGGGGAGACCUCUAUUAAAGCUCAGUGGUUGGCUGUAGAAGGCAUAUCAAAGUCAGCAUCACAUUCUCAAGGAAAGAAUAUAAAACAAGAAAAUAAUGAUGUACUGCAGAAAUACUUUGAUAGUAUUACAAAGGCAGUGCUGGGGAGUAAUCAGAAAUUAAUGAAGGCAGCUCUUCAGGACCUACGAACAAAUCCCAACAUCACUUCAUUACUGCCAUGCUUUGUCAACUUCAUCUCUGCAGGGGUGAAGACAGUCAGCCAUGAUGUCUCUCAGAUGUUUCGCCUGUUGUACACGGUGAAUGCACUGAUCAGUAAUUCUAACCUCUACCUUGAACCUCAGCCUUAUUUGAACCAUUUGGUCCAGGGAGUCAGUUACUGUCUUUUGGAGUCAUUAGCAGCCUCCAUCAACCCCUCCAAUGACCACUGGACAUUAAGAGAUUACGCUGCGAGGGUGUUGGCACAGAUCGUACAUACAUGGUCAAGCCCGGUCAAUCAUCUGAUGCACACAACUAUAAGGAACCUAAAGGAAGUGUUGUGUGACCACGCCAAGCCUUUCUGUUGUCACUACGGAGCUGUCAGGGGUAUACAGGCAUUAGGACCACAGGUGAUAGAUGACGUGUUAGUUCCUCAGAUACCAGUGUACUGGCCUCACCUGUCCUCAGUCCUUGAGGACAACUCCUUCUCUAAUGCCCUCACCAAGGCUGAUGCAUUCAAAGUUUAUGGUGCUUUAUUGUUAACUGUAGAAUCCUUGAUGAAAACACAAGUGAAACAGUAUGAAGACCUGCUGAAAGAAAAAUAUGAGAAAUUGGAAUUGUCUGACCUUUUAAAUCAAGAACCCAUUGAAGAUUCACCACAAAGUAACGACUUGAUUGCAGAUGUCCAGAGUACCAUAUCAAAAUUAUACAGUGACAUGUAUGAAUAUUUUGGUGACAGCUUAUCAAAAUUCAUGCCUGACUUGAACGAAAAGUUUAAUAUUAAACAAAAAGUGUUUACUCCAAAAUUGAGGGAAAAACUUGUAUCUCUCUCUGAUGCUGAUGCUUCUAAAAGUGGAGAAGAAUUAUUAAAAGAAUUCAUGGAACAAGUGAAAUUACAGCAACAGUUGGAUAGAGAGAAGGCCGAAAAAGAAAGAAUACAGCGUCUGAUCAACGAAGAGAAACGGGCAAGAGAUAGGAAGCACCAAGAGGAGCAUCAAAGGUUAAUGGAGGCUGGCAAGAAAAGACUGGAAGAAAUAAGGCAAGCAGAGAUUGAAAGAGAGAGGGAAGAAAUGGAGAGGAUAAAUCAUGAGACGAGGCGAAACAAGAAGGUAGCUGAAGAAAGAAUCUCCAAGAUGUUGAAAGAGGACAGUGAUGACGAUUUUGGCGAGGCAGAGGUUAUUCCGUAUAGACCUGUACGAAAGCGAACGAAGAGCCAGGUGCAGUAUUAUCCUGUGGAGUCCCCCGACAGUAAUGAGGACGACCCUCCCUACUCCCUCCCUGGGACAUCGAAAGGGGGCGAACAUAAAAAGGGCAUCAAACUGAAAAUAAUCACCCGCCCCGGUAAACUUCCUAAUGUGAAAAUAGAGGCCAAGUCCAAGGAGUCUAAAAAAUCCUCUCCACAUGGCUACCAGACAAAGGUGUCUCCACAUCACAAGGAGCCUAAAUACUCCCCCAAGUUAUCCCCUCAUUUUCAUAGAGAGGCCAAAAGUUCCCCUCAUUCAUCGAGGGAAUACAAGUCUUCCCCCCACACUCAUAAAGACUCGCCCCACACUCAUAAAGACUCCCCCUACUACUACGCCCACAAGGAUUCUCCGGCCCGUGAACCAAAGUAUUCCCAUCACUCGAGUUUGCCGCAGGAGGCAGGGGAAACGAAACACGGCAAGAAAAGAAAAACAAGCCAGAAACGUAAAGACGAGUUUGAAUUUGAGUCUGAUCCUGAGGAUUUCCCUCCCUUGUCAUUUAAGCCCAGUUGUAAUUCUUCAGAAGGGGAGAGCUCAGAAGGAACAGAGCUUAGGAAACCGAUUAAAAUGAAACUCAAGGUUAAAGACUCAAAAGAAUUGUCUUCUGACUGAGAUACAUUAGGUGCAUUAUUUUGUCAUGAGAUUUUGAAGUG